AUGAGUUCUUUGAAAUCUCAAUUCAACAGAGCAAGAAAACCUGCUAGCAGUGGAAGUGCUGCAAAAACCAUGACAAAGAAAAACAAGUGGUUGUUAGAUAAAUUUGGAUUUUUAAUCAGGAAUAAAGGAGAGAGACCUUCUAUAUCAAAUAUAGGCCUACAGAGACCGCAGACUCCUCCAUCGGAAGUCAAAGAUAGGGGAUCAAGAGAUGACGAUGAUGAUGAAGACGUCAGUGUGGAUAUACCUUUUAACCUUGAUGACUCUUUCGCAGACACUGGAUCAACCAAGCGACCAUUGAUAGCACCAAGGAAAAGGCAUUGA